AUGAACGAACGGUUUUUGUCCGAACAGAAUGUAGAAAAAACAGCUAGUAUUAAAGAGUUAGGACAGUUUCUUAUUCUUCAAGAUAUUCUUGAAACAUUACCACAACGUUUAAUUGCAAUGAACAUGGAAUUAUACGUUUAAGGUGGUUGUUCAAGUUCAAACGGAACAAUAAUAUCUGCUGUAUCACCUGUUCAAAAUUUUCAACUUUGUAGAGGUCCAUUAUUUACACUUCAAUAUCCAAAUAAUUAUGGUUUAGUUAUAAGGAUAAAUAUAUUUGGCACAACACAAUCUAAUCCUAUCUCUAUACAAAAAAUCAAACGUAGUUCAUCAUGUAGUAAUAAAAUUACUGUUUAUCAAUAUGUUGAAUAUCAAUGUAUACCAACAAAUACUGAACUUAUUUCACCAAAUGUUUCAUGUUCAAUCGAUGGUUCUAAAAUCCUAGUACAAAUUGAUCAUCGAGGUCGUCUUCCAACUUACAAAUAUCGAAGUUUUACGAUAAUGAAUUGUAUAUAUAGAUUGAUAAGUAGUGAAAAUUCUAUUAUGAAUUUUUGUGCACUUGAUAUUAGUUUAAACGAUUAUCCAACUGAUUGUAGAUCAAAUAAAAUAACAUUUAUUCAAGAUGGUAUUAGUUGA